CACUGUUGACUUCACAAGCUAAACAGUUUUAUCACUUACUGGAUCUGAAUAUGCCACAUACCAGUGUACCACUAACUGAGAAUUCAGAAAGAACACUUCUCUAUAUGAUAAUGAAAAACCAUAGUGCUAUCAAUGAGUUCGUUCUUCUUGGACUAUCUGUUGACCCAAAUAUUCAGGCUGUACUCUUUGUGCUGUUCCUUCUGAUUUACCUCCUCACUCUGAUGGGAAAUUUAUUGAUGCUGCUGAUGAUUAGGGCUGAUUUUCACCCCCACACACCCAUGUACUUCUUCUUGAGACAGCUCUCCUUUCUGGAUCUCUGCCAUUCAUCCGUCACAGUCCCCAAGAUGCUGGAAAAUCUACUUUCUGAAAGUAAAACCAUCUUCAUAGAGAGCUGCCUGGCUCAGGCCUUCCUUGUGUUUACCACCGGGGGCACUGAGGCCUGUCUGCUGGCUGUGAUGGCCUAUGACCGCUACGUAGCCAUCAGCUCCCCUCUGCUUUACAGCCAGGUGAUGAACAGCCAGCUCUGUGUUGGGCUGGUGUGGGGCUCCUGGGGCCUGGCCUUUGUGGAUGCUCUCAUCAACAUCCUCCUGGCUGUCGAUUUAGACUAUUGUGAGGACCAAACUAUUCCCCACUUCAGCUGCGAGCUGUCUUCCCUCUUCCCUCUGUCUUGCUCUGAUACCUCCACCAAUUUCACACUCCUGCUCUGCUCUUCAUUCUUACAUUUCUUUGGAACCUUCGUCUUCAUCUUCUUCUCUUAUACCUGUAUUGUCUCCACCAUCUUGAGCAUUAGCUCCACCUCAGGCAGAAGUAAAGCCUUCUCUACCUGCUCCUCCCACCUCACUACUGUGAUUUUGUUUUAUGGCUCAGGUUUCCUCAGCUAUCUGUUGCCAGCCUCAGGUUCUGCCCUGGAGAUGAUCGUCUCCUUGCAAUACAGCGUGAUCACUCCCAUGCUGAAUCCUUUCAUCUAUAGCCUGCAGAACAAGGAGGUGAAGGCAGCUAUGGGAAGAGUGUUUAGAAAAUACUUUCAUUCUCUUUUGUAG